AUGAGCGUACUCACUUCCCCAGCACAACAGCCAGACUUGGCGGAAAACUGGGACGAAGACUUUGAAUUCAAUCGUGCAUCCACGAUCCCGAAUACCGACGCUCAUGACCCUCGUCCUGAUAGCAGCCCACGCGUCGUGCCCACGGCACCGCGAAACCCGUCCACGCCUCUAUCCAAGGAGAAGGAACAUCCCUUCAAGACCUGGGCUGAACCUGGCCCGUCCACUCCUUUGAAACGUCUACAGCAAACUGAGAACUGGGAUGACGACUUCCAGGACACCGACUCUCCACGGCCCUCCGUUCGUCCAGUGGCACAAUCUCAAGUACCGUCUAACGGCAGCACGUCACGCGACGCAGGGGGGUCUGCAUCACCCGUUGAGAAUUGGGAUGAAGACUUUGAUGACAACGCCCGCAGCGGCGCGUCGCCGCGCCGCAGAACGCCUCGCAAGAGAGGCUCCUGGGGUUCGUCAGACGAGGAGGAAUACGGAUUUGCAGAUCGUGAGGACGAUCGUACGGUGACGACGCGAUCGAGAGGUGUGCCCUUUCACAUCCCUACAGAUAUACCUCCUCCUGUGCCUCCCUUGCCUUCCCCGUUUCCCCGCUCUCCGACCGCGUCAGUCUUCUCCGUACCCGUGUCAUCCACCACUGGGCGUGAGUCGGUGGCAGGCUACUCCUACUCUUCCCAUGCCCAUCUUCCCCUGCGGCCGACAGCCUCGGGCGGGAACUCUGCUGCGGUGGCAGCUCGUCUUGCGUUGUUACCGCCAAGCCCACCAAUCCACCGGGAGCGCAGACGCCUGCGCAAGAAGUCGCGUCCCCCGCCCAACUUUGAGGAGGGGAUCUUCGAGCUCGAGGAUCGUGCGGAGUUUCCAGAGCCACCCCGUCCAGUCACACCCGACAACUCAAAGCGAAGCCGCGAAUUACCCUCCACUUCGCUAGACGAUCCCCCUCCCGACAUCAGUAACACCUCCACCGGGAAGACGCCUCUCCUCUCACGCAUAGGCUCCGUCGGGAAGAAGUGGGGGACAGGGCGCAAGAAGCGUGCAAGCACCGGUCCUUCUGAAGUGAUGCUCAAAGAGCGCAGCGAGCCCCGCGUCCCCCACGAACGCGAGCGCUAUCCAGAGAGCGAAGGAUCCCGCCCGACCAGCUUCAUUGCGUCCAGUUCUCCCGGACAUGGCGGUAGCGGUGCCAAGUCGUGGUUUUUUCGCGGUGGUGGCGGCGGUCAGGGGCCAGGCUCGCCACAGCAAGCCGAAUCACUGAAGCACGAGAGGAGCGUCGAGCGGCUUCUCCAUCUCAUGGGCGUAGAUCGCGAACGUGAGCCGGGCUCGCCGUCGUCGCGCAAGGGGAAGGGUCGCGGUGGGCAUGGAAGGGAGGGGACCGACUCAACCUUACCACAGGACCUGGAGGAGGUUGCGGAUGGGAACGACGUUCCUACUUCGACGCUCCUGUUUGGUGGAACUCCGCGUCGCCCGACAUCCAUGCAGGUGUCUAUCGCGGCCUCGUCCUCGGGAUCGAGCUGGAGCACACGGCCACCUGUUCCUCGACACGUGUCCUAUGGCGACGGGCGACAUAUGCGACCGACUACUCCCAGUAGCCGUGCGAGCUCGAGGCAGCGGUCGGCAUCCGCAAGCGUGGAGGAUGUUCAUCGCGCGAAGAAGAGCUCAACUACUACGCGCGAGACGUUUGAUGGACACUCGAGCGACGCUCAUAGUAACCCCCCUCCGGAGAAACCUGCAGGAGAAGAGAAGGGCAGCCGGCGCUUCAUGGGAGGUAUAAGGCGGAUCAGCCUCGUCGGUGGCAAGCACAAGCGACGAAAGAGUGUCGCUCCGCAGGAAGCGGAGAAACAGCAGCGUCCCGGGACUGCAUCGUCAGCGCAUGACACUGAGACUGCUCAUGACAAUACCACCCCACGUCCCCCAGCGCGCGUCAUCCGCAGCUCACAAGACAUCCCUCUCCUUCCGCCUAUCGAACUUCAGCCUCCGUCGCCACCUCGCAACAAGGGCGAUCGUAAACCUCCUCGAGAUCUCACUGGCAGUCCAACACGGGCGUCCGUUGACCGCACACUUGAGCCAUCGCGUUCGCAUCCCAGUCUUGGCUCCCGCCCAACACAGGUCACUUCUUCAGCCUCCCAGGAAACAACACACUCAGCAGUACCGUCUCCCCUCCCAUCGCCGAGCCGACCGAUGCCGUCUACGUCACCCGUUCAGACUGCGUCGCUUGGUCGAACGGCGCAGUCCCCGAAAGAACGCGAUACACCGAGUAAUGCCAACUUUCUUCGACGGAACUCCUUAGGCGAUCUGAAGAUCCCGGCACGAAUCAGCCAGGCGCAAGUAAGCCUAAAGCGCGACUUGAACAUGGUUCGGGAUUUUGCCGCAAGUGUCGAGCAGCUGAAGCAGCUUCAGGCUACAUACACGACGCUGACCAGUCAGAUCCGUACGCUCAUCCACGAUCCUCAAGAGUCGCAGUCCCGACCUGUGUCUCCAAGCUUCAUACAUCUCCCCAAGCCUUCGACACGGUCCCGAGCGCAAACGAAUCCGACAACUAGCCAUACUCCAAGCCGUGCGCAACUCAAUUCGGCAUUUCUCAACAUCGAAGCGAAGUAUCGACUCUCUUGGGAAUGCGCCGAGCUCCUUAUCGACCUGGGCGGAGGAGGUCCAGAUCAACAGCAAGCAACUUCGCCUCCACCGUCGUCCAGUCAGUCUGCGCCAACCGUUCCGACCGUCCGGGAUGGUCGCAAGAGUCGCGAGCGCGCUAUUACACUUGCAGGGGACGAGCAGAAACCCACCAUCAAUCCAUCAGCUCCCGGGAGUGUUUCCCCUCCUCUGGCAAGCCCGCCUCCAGCCCAAUGGCGUGCGUCGACAGGACGACAUGAUCUCAGUCAGCGACAGCUCAUGCUACUACGCGAGAUGUUGAAUAAUUCCGACCCAUCUGCUACGAUGUCCUUGGAACCAGGUAUACCGGAAGAGGUGAUCAAUCGCAAUUGGCGUUGGGGCGAUGCCAUGAACAGCACUGUCACGCUCCCGAGCGAAGAGUCGGUGCCUUCCGGAGCUCAACCUUCGCCCACCAAGAAGCGGAGGACGAGCCGUCUCGGGAUGCGGGGCUUGCGCGAUAUGCUCAAGUCGCUGAAGAAGAGCUACGCUGAUCAGACUCAGCCACCUGUUCUUCCCCGCAUUCCUCCGUCAUCGUCGUCUGUAUCCGCCAGUACGGAUUCGUCUUUGAAUCUCCCACGUCCCGACUCCGUAGCUUCUCGUCGCCGUGACGUUCAUCCCAACUCUCCAUACAGCACAGCCCCCGCCCUCUCCCACAAGUCGUCCCCUCGCCGCCCAUCUCUUGCGUCCAUUUUCCGCUUGGGUCAGAAGUCUAAGGCUGCCGCCGGCCCCCGCGAGCUCGUAGACGAUUUGUCGAAUCAAACCGGGCUCCCCAGUAGCAGUUCUGGUUUGGCGAGCCGCAGUGGUACCAGCCUCGGUGACGAGGAAGACUGGCAUCGUGUUGAGUCUGCAUCUGAUCUGGAGCACGCCGCGCGGGCUCUUGGACUGUCGUCUGAUAGUACGGCAACUGUUCGAGGCAAGAAGGGCAAAUCUCCCUAUCUCUUCCAACGCACAGUAGACCCCAAUGGCACUCACCGCCUUCCUGACCGCUCGCAGUCGUCACUGUGGAGUCUUGGUGGCGAGUCGCCCCAGAAACCUUCCGCAAUACCACCCUCAGUGUUGCAGUCAUACACACGGUCGAUCAAACUCUCUGACGUUCGAGAGGUUGAUUCCGAUGUGGGAGAAGGAGCACACCUCCCCAGGUCGGCAUCACGUAGCAAGAAUCGACAGUCUGCUCCUAGUCCCAGUCCUCGACGUCCUCCUUCGCGUGGGCGUAUACCUCCGACCGGAUCUGUUCGCUCGGCGCCCCCACAGCCGUGGGUGGAUCCUAGCCCAAAUCGCAGCUCCGGCCCGCUCCCAGACAUCAAGCUCGCGAUGGCUCCGGAGAACAUCAAGCCGUUGUUAGAGAACGCGCGCGAAGUGCAUACGCGAUGCGCUGAUUGUAUCACGGAGCUGGAGGCGUUGCUGGACACGAACAUCCCUAGGUAAAGGUUCCAGUAUUAUAAUUGCUAACGUAUAGUCUCAGAUAUGAGUGUUGAUGCUCCGCAUACCUUGUUCUUCAUGUUUUCACGAAUUGCUUUCGUAUACGCUAUUACGUCGUCUAUCACGUCUCGUCAUGUAUCUCAUGGCCUAUUUUACGAAUACAUCUUCCUUGUGUGACAAUGGUAUCAGCCUACAGUACCUCGCUGAUAUACAUUG